AUGCUCCGUGGAAUUUUCGUUUGUUGUCUGCGCUGGUAGUGGUUUCCGCCAUAAAUCUUCGUUUUGUCUUCCCGGGUUAGACCCGCUUGUGCCCUCAUUUUGUACAAUUCAAUCUCUUUUGCUCCACGUCUGUGUGGUUUUGUUCACACGUGAUAGAUGAAUUCUCAUCUGGGUUUUCAUUGAUUUCUUCGUUUCUUAUAUAAUCUGCAUCUUUCCCACUUAUUUUUUUAUCUGGGUUUUAGCUUUCUCCGUCUUUGGUGCCAAAUUUCCUUUCUUUUCUUUCAAUUUUGGUUAAAUGAGAGGCCACUGAAUUUUUGCAACAAUUUGAGAGUGGGAGAUUUGAUAAUAGCGUUCAAAAAUGAAUUGCUUCUAUAUUUUCAAGGACAAAUCAAAGAGCAAGAGGAAGUCACAAUCUGAUCCGGUAUUGAGGGACAAAGGCAAACCAGAAACUUCAGCUCUGAAUCGGGCAGUCAGAUCUAUGCCCUCUCCCAGGAGCAUACAGGAGUUGUACAAGGAGAAUGAACAUAAUUUGAGAGUCUUCUCUUAUGAAGAGCUAAGGGAUGCAACUCAUGCUUUCAAUAAGUUGCUAAAACUUGGAGAAGGUGGUUUUGGGAGUGUGUAUAAGGGCACAAUUAAGCCUGCAAAUGGUCAGGGUGAAUCUACAAUUGUUGCCAUUAAGAAGCUCAACAAGCAUGGUUUGCAGGGUCAUAAAGAAUGGCUUUCUGAGGUUCAAUUCCUUGGCAUUGUUAGUCACCCAAACCUCGUAAAACUUUUAGGAUAUUGUUCUGAAGAUGGGGAAAGGGGGAUCGAACGACUUUUGGUGUAUGAAUUUGUGCCUAACAGGACCUUAGAAUAUCAUCUUUUCAACACAGCAACGCCUACUCUGCCAUGGAAAAGAAGGUUAGAGAUAAUGCUUGGGGCAGCUCAAGGAUUGGCUUACUUACAUGAUGGACUGGAAGUCAAGGUGAUAUAUCGAGAUUUCAAAUCUUCAAAUGUGCUCUUGGAUCAAAAUUUUACGCCAAAGCUCUCAGACUUUGGGCUUGCUAGGGAAGGACCAACUGGUGAUCGUACUCACGUAUCCACUGCAGUGGUUGGGACUUACGGCUAUGCUGCCCCAGAAUAUGUAGAAACUGGCCAUCUUACCAUCCAAAGUGAUAUAUGGACCUUUGGGGUGGUGCUUUACGAGAUCCUCACAGGCAGACGAACAGUGGAGAGAAACCGCCCACUUGCGGAGCAGAAGCUUCUAGACUGGGUAAAAGACUUCCCUCAUGAUAGUAAUCGCUUCAGCAUGAUAAUCGACCCCCAUCUCAGAAACCAAUAUCCUAUCAGGGCAGCUAGAAAAAUUGCCAAAUUGGCUGAUAGCUGUCUGGCUAAAAAUGCAAAAGAACGUCCAACAAUGAGCCAGGUAGUAGAGAGCUUGAAGGAAGCAAUACAAGAUUCAGAACAGAGUCAGGGAAGCACUUCCGUUAGCCCCAGGCCUGUUAAAUCCUCUUCUAAAAUGGUGGAUCAUAGAUCAAGGAGGGUUUAAAUGUUUGGAUGUUACUCAACUCAAUAUUAGCUUGCCUUUUUUGGGAGGAUUAUGAAAUUCACGAAUGACAGAUUGUAAUUGGUGAGGAACAAGGCAAUUAGCUACAUGGAGAGAGUUGUAGAAUGUAAAUGAUGAUAUGAGAUUGUAAGCGUCUUUUUUGCCAUAAAAUGCUAUAUUAAUUUUGUUUUU